GUCUAAUAUGUUGGGACAUCCCAAAAAGGAAAGUUGGUCUAAUACCUUGGGACGGAGGGAGUACCAGCACACAGUUUCUCUUUGUCAAAAUAUGUGAUUCUUUUCACAUUUACAAAAUUACUUCCAUAUUGGCCCAUGGUGCUAUGAAAACAGGGUUCGGAUGGAACUGAGUGAAUAUAAAUCUGGCAUUCAACAAUCUUAAUCUGUUUUGUAGUUAAUGAUAGCGUCAUAGAAAAUGUAAUGGAUGCAACAAUGGGCUGAAACUGGCCCAAAUCAUUGAUUAUCAAAGCAAUCAAGUACAUGCAUAUUUUCAUCAGCUACAUUAUAAAUUUGUGAUAUAUGUUGCCUAAUGUAAUAUGUUUAGAAUUAGUAAGGUGAUUGCUUCUCAUUGCUCAAGAUUGAGUACUCUACCUCAUUCAUGUGUAGUCCUAUUAGUCAACUCUAAUAAUGUAAUCCAUAUUAUUUCUAUUAUUUUCUCAUACGUUCUGCUUGCAGUAGAUUAUCCAACUAAUAACUGGUGUUUGGUGUCAAAGUAAAUUCUUAUGUUCGUUAAUCAAAUACACAUAUGCGAUAAGUUAAUUACACAAAUGCAAUAAUAAGAAAAUAGUAGAUUACAAAGGUGGCCAAGUGGCUUCUGAGAAGCUACACACGUAAAUUUUUUCCGAAAUAGAAUAGUUGAAAAUAGCAUUAAUCACACCUUACUUAUAAUGCUUGCAUACGUAACAUCUAUCAUAACACGUCACAAGACCUUUAUGGCACCCACACUCACAAUCACUGACCCUACAAUCAUAUACGUGUGAACGAGUGAGUAUCUUUUAUUAAAUCAACUGUGAUUGUAAGGGAUUAUUACAAAACAUAAAGAUUAAGAAAGCCAGGUGGCUGUUAAGCGAUACCACUGGCCACUUGUUCCAGGCCAAUCAACUUUACUCCAUGUAACAAAAAGGAUUAUUGCAAAACAAAAAGAUUAAGAGAGCCAGGUGGCUGCUAAGCAAUACAUACAGGACAAAAAAAGACAGUAGGAUCAUUUAAUUUUGUAACGUACGCGCACUAGCUUGCUUGCCCAGCGCCUAUAUAAGAAGCACAGGUUAGUCCAUUGUCUAUGCUUCUUCAGAGUAAAUAUUACUACUAUAAAUCUAGUGGCCGGAAAUUUCUCAGAGAAUAAGCAUAUUUCUAAGGAUUUGGAGGCCACAGUUGCCUUUUUUGUGCAGUCUUCGCCAAGAAUUAUUUCCUUGAAGGUCAGCAUUCUCUGUUCUCAGUCAAGCUUUCCCAGUUGCCUCAAACAUGAAUUCAGACCGGACAUCCAACAACUGCUUCUGGUCGAUGGGGGUGGAUGAUGCUGCAUCAAAUGAUGCACACACAUCUUUGAAUUGGACAAGGGAGGAGGACAAGGCAUUCGAGAUUGCUCUCUUUACCCACUAUAAUCAUGCUGAUAUGUGGGGUAAGAUCGCAUUGGCAGUUCCUGGGAAAACAGUUCAAGAUCUAAAACUUCACUAUGAAGCCUUAAGUUUGAUGGCUCUUGAGUCUGGCAAGAUGCCUCUGUCCAUUUAUUCGACAAAAGGCGAUGUUCUAGAAGAGAAGAAGCUGAAGUCACAGCAAGCGACACGAGAGUCUUCUACAUCUAGAACCGGAGAAUUGCUUCCUGGAAAUCUUGGGAGAGCAGCAGCGCAUGCUGGAACCCAACUGCUGUCAGGAUGCGCAACGGUCGCUUCAGGUGAUGCUUUCGGGAAGCGCAGGCGCCCUAAGAAAGCUUCGAGGACCGAUGAAAACAAGCUGAUGCUGGGGGCAAGGUAUCCUAGUAAAAAGAAUGCUGUUGCACGUAACGAGAGCCAAUUGCUGCCCGGGAAGCUACUGUGGUCCGGGUACCCUCAUGAAGCUCAAAAGGAUAUCGGGUAUCAACUGCUGUGUGGGUACCCUAAUCAACUGGGCCUCCCAUCUGGCUCACUCCCGACUACUUCAUAUGGCACAGGUGCAGCAAUGCAGGAUGUUGACGAGCUUGCUGAUGGUCGAUUUGAUAUCGGUUCUAGCACCGAUAUUUUGGAUGAUCCGGAUCUCUCUUUGUUCCCUUAUUUUUGGAAUUGAAAUGGUUUCAAGGAAGUUAAUACAUUUUUCUUUCAGAAAAGCGCACUUUUGAUGGGAUGGUUUGUAAUAAAGUUUGCUAAUCUCUACAAUGUUUCAUCUUCUUUAAUUAAGUUCUAUGCGUUUGGUUAUAGCUUACUA